AUGACGAAAUGGGACGAAUUCCAUUGUGCCUACAAAUGUCCUUAUCCAACCGACGAAUGCGAAUGUUUUGGAAUCUCUAUGAACUGUACUCAAAGAGGAUUAAAGAAAGUACCGAAAACCAACGAAGGAUCGAUACAAUUUCACUUGUCCGGUAAUUUUCUCAACUAUACUCUGUCAGCAAGCACAUUUAACAAGUACGACUUGACGAUACUUGAUAUAAGCAACAAUUCGCUAACGCGGCUUCCUGCUGACUGCUUUGCUGCCUUAUGGAGAUUAAAAUCGCUUAACUUGGCAGCUAACAACCUUACAGAAAUAGAAAACGAGACAUUUGUCGGAUUAUCAGGGCUGCGUUCAUUAGAUCUUAAAGGAAACAGGAUCCAGAAAAUUUUGCCAUAUGCAUUCAAAGGACUAUCCAGCCUCAGUACGCUGGACUUGAGUAAACAAAGACUGUCGUUCAUAUCCCAGAAUUCCUUCAAUGGCCUUCGACAAAUUCGCGUUUUAAACCUUUCCAAUAACGAAAUCACAAAUAUUGAGGACGGUUCCUUCAAUGGUCUAAAACAGCUAUUAACUCUUGAUAUAUCCAACAAUAAACUGCUGACGAUCGGAGAAAAUGUUUUUCAUGGACUGAUGAAUUUACACACACUGUACUCCGAUGAGUAUCGCUUUUGUUGUUUGGCAAAAAACGUGCCUGACUGUUACCCGAAACCGGAUGAGUUUUCCUCCCAUUACUUAACUUUUCUUAAUUCUGUUUUUACUUACCACGGUUGGUUAAUAACUCGGAAUACAGUUUAUCGAUUUUCUCCUGAACGUCGGUCUCACGAUAUUCUCUCUUCCACCCUCUCAUAUUCCUAG